UUGAUUGGAAUGGAUGUUUAUUUUGUUGAUGGACAGACGAACUGUAGACAGCAGGCAAAAUAAUCAUUAUAAAAAUAAUGAAAAGUAAAAUUGUUGCCUCUGAGAGUAGUAUAAAUAUCCUGCUAUGAGUAUAGUUGUGGUGAAUCUAGAAACUGGAAAUUCUUUUGUCGCAUAACUGCCUAGACGUACCUACCUACAUAUAAUUUAUUUGUUUUCUCGUUUCAUUCAUGUCGUUCUCAUUUCGCAUUGAGAAACACAUUUGAGGAAGCAGCAAAGGCUACCUACUUAUAAUAUUUUAUAUUGCAUUUUCGUUAUUUGAAUAUUGAAAUUAUCAAAAUGAGUGGAAAUAAUAGCCGUGUGGAUAUAGAUUGUGCCGUGUGUUUACAAAAAUGUAACCAUCCAACACAGUUGCCAUGUGGCCAUGUCUUCUGUUUCCUCUGUGUGAAGGGUAUUGCAUUUCAAAGCAAAAAAUGUGCAAUGUGCCGAGCUGAAAUCCCUCCAAAUUAUCUUGAUAAUCCAAUACUUCUGGGUCCAUUGUCUGCGGAGCAAGUGAACAACAGUCUUGCUGAAGAAGUGUGUCAGUGGUUUUAUGAGGGUAGAAAUGGAUGGUGGAAAUAUGACGAACGUAGUAACUUUGAAUUAGAAAAUGCAUUCAAUGCUGGUGAUCCUGACUGUACUUUACUCCUUGCUGGAACCUUGUACAACAUAGAUUUUCAAACUAUGACACAAGUUAGGAGAAGUGAUCAAACUAGGCGUCGUCGAGUGAGACGAGAUACGCCAUCUUUCCCGUCCAAAGGAAUAGCUGGAAUUAAGACUGACGAUGGUGGUGCAAGACAAGUUAAGAGUGAUGAUGAAGAAACGGCGGACGUCGUACAUAUACCUAUUGUAGAUGAAGUUAUAGAAAUUAGUGAUGAUGAAAGAAGUAAUUUGAAUCAACCAGGUCUUAUUCAUAAUGAAGAUAUCAAUGAAGUGAUUGACAGAAUUAGCUCAGUCAGCCUCCACGACGUAUCCACUAACCACAACAAUGAAGCAACCUGAUAAGAAAUACCUUUUCGUCAAAUAAUAUAAAUGUUACUUGUGUAAUAUUGGCAUAGUCUGUCGUUUUUUAUUGAUGUUCAAUUAUAUUUUAUUGUUAAAA